UCCUUGCGGUCGAUGUUGCAGAUGCGUCAGAGGAGGCGAUCAACAAGCCCCGCAACGUGGCCUUCCUGGAGACCAACAUCACGAUGGAGAUCGCCCAGCUGCUGCUGUCCCUGCUGCACGCGUGGGGCAUGGAGCCGGAGCUGGACCGCGUGUGCGAGACCAAGCUGGGCUUGCUCCGUCCCAUGGUGCCGGUGUCGUUCGGCGUCAUCUCUAAGGGAGGCUACAUGAGCCUGCUGCUGCCCACGUGGAAGCCCAAGAUCCCGGACGGCACCGCGGACCCCGUCGCCGCCGUCGUGUCGGCCUCGCCGACGCCUCCCCCGCGGCCGCCGCCGCCCUCGCAGGCGUCGCUUUCGGGCCACCAGCACCAGCCGCCGCCCGGGCCGGCGCCGUCGCAGGCGCAGAUGGUGGCUCCGCCGCCGGGGCCGGCGCGCAAGUCCAUCGAGUCGGAGCUGCCGCGCGAGAUGGUGCAGCUGGAGCGGCUCACGAGGCUCUUCACGGCGCGCACGCACUGGGAGCUCUCCACCACGCUCACCACCAACCACCUGCUGGCCACCAUCUCGCUGGCCUACACGCUCAUGUCGAUGAACAACGCCACGUUCGUGACGGAGCAGGAGCGCAGUCGCAUCCUGCACCGUCAGAGCACGCGCACGGCCAUGACGACGUGGAGCCGUGCUGAGGAGGAGACGGAGGAGCAGUUCACGGCGCAGCAGGCGCACAUCAAGCAGGGCUGGUCGCGGCUCGCCACGCUGCACUGCGUGCAGCUGCCCGACAAGGUGACGACGGCCGGCAGCCGCGCCUUCAAGCGGCCGCAGGUGGAGAUGAUGGCGCGCCGCUGGCAGCACCACUGCCUGGAGGUGCGGCAGGCCGCGCAGGCGCUGCUGUUGGCCGAGCUGGAGCGCCUGGGCCCCAAGGGCCGCAAGGCGCUGGUCGACAGCUGGGCGCCCUUCCUGCCCAUGUACGCCGCGGCCGAGCAGCAGGCGGGCGGCGCGCACCAGGGUGGCCCCGGGGCCGGCGGCGCUGACAGCCCCGGCAGCCAGGGCCACAGCAGCCCGCCGCAGCACCCGGACACGCCCGACUACGCCGAGGAGGAGGAGGAGGGCGCCGAGGAGCUGUGCGUGCGCAAGCCGUCCAGCGCGGCCGAGCUGAAGCGGAAGCAGACGACGGCCGUGGUGCUGCUCGGGGUGAUCGGCGCCGAGUUCGGCCAGGACAUGGGGCAGGAGCCGGUGAGCGCGGCGCCCACCCCCACGGCCAGCAGCGGCCCGACGCUCACGGCCGCGCCCCCGGCCCCGGCCAACAACAAGCGCCGCUCCAGCACGGAUGUGCGCAGGAAGAGCUCCGUCGUGGAGGGCUUCGGCCUGGGCAACAACAACCUGGCGCGCCUCACGA